UAUUCCUCCUCCCCCACUGACACCAACGAUGAGGCACUGUUCUCCCCACUGAUACCAAUGAUGGGGCACUAUUCCUCCUCCCCACUGACACCAAUGAUGGGGCACUAUUCUUCCCCCACUGACACCAACAAUGGGGCACUAUUCUUCCCCCACUGAUACCAAUGAUGGGGCACUAUUCCUCCCACUGAUACCAACGAUGGGGCACUAUUCCUCCCACUGACUAAUGAUGGGGCACUAUUCCUCACACACUGACACUAAUGAUGGGGCACCAUCCCCAUCAUUGGAAUACCAUACUGAAAUACCAUACCAUAUUGAAAUUAAAUCUGAUGUUUUUUUCAU